GAGCGCCCCAAUGGCCCUUUAACUCUUUCUUGGUAGAAUAGGAUUGGCACGACCAUUACAACGACAGCCUUAAUUAGUCAUACAGAAACAUGCCAGGUGUUUCACGUGAGCGCUUUCACUCGCCCCGUGACACAGGCAAGCAAUUGGUUGUCGCUGAGGGAAAGUGUAGGACAGUCAGGCUUUUAUUACAAGCAAAGUACGCGCGAUGGCAAUUUCAUUAACACGAGAUUAAAGUAGAAGGAGCGCCGAUAAAAGCGGAAAGUCGGCCCGUUCCUGGAAUCACCACACGCACACUCGGACACAGCCCUCCCCUAAUAUAGGCCGCAAGGUGGGCCGGCCGCCGACUUGAUUGACGGGUUCCCGGAGCGAUUUGCCCCCCACGUGAUCCGCAAAAGGGGCUGGGAGUUAAAGUAGAGUGUUGCUGGCUGCGCUCUCAUUAUAUUCCAAUAUUCAUUUUAGGAGCCAGUUCCUUAGUAUCAUCUGCAAACUGCGUCCCGAGCCCGUGCACUGAGCUUUUCCACCCAUUUCUGUCCAAGAUUGGCUGUCAAGAAUCAUGGACUGUUUUUCUAUGCCUUGUUUUGUGUCAGUGAGUAGACUUUCUGUUCCUCUUGUAUUUCUCAUCUUCUCUGUUCUUUGCCUGUAGCUGUCCCCCUGCAUAGGAACCCCCCACACACGGCUCUGGCUACUUCCUGCUGCCGACCCGACAAUCAGUUGAGUCGCCCCGACGCGCUCUAGGACACAAGUGUGCUGCCCAUGUACAACUGCAGGUGUUGGAGAACUACAAGUACCAGCAUUCAUUGGCCAGGCUCGCGGAAUUAGGGGGUGUAGCGUGUUGUAGUUCUUUAGCAACUGGAUUGCCGAGCGCUUGGGCUGCAGUGGGACUGAUAACAUGUAUCACAGCUGGAGCGCGGACAUAUCGCAGGCUAUCGGGUUGCAGCACAUGAUCCAGCUGCUCGGAGCGCCGGCACUUGUUGCACAGGGGCAAAUGGCAGAGGCAUUUCUAUAGCGACUGCUGCCAAUUGCGGGAGACGCUCUCAGUCAGAUUAGCAACAGGAUGGCGGUGACUAUCUGAUAAUGAGGGAUGUGACUGGACACAAGUUAUAACUCAAGACCCCCCCCGCCCCGGGUGCCUCUGUGGAACUGUCCUUGUCCUAUUAUUUGCUUUCAUCCCGCUCUAUCACUUGAUUUUUUUGUCAGUCUAAUCCCCCGCAGAUCCUCCCUAUUUAUUUGCAUGUAUUUUGUUUGUUGUGCACCCUCCAGAGACAUCAUGAUUCCUGGUAACCGAAUGCUGAUGGUCAUUUUAUUAUGCCAAGUCCUGCUCGGAGGCACUAACCAUGCCAGCCUCAUACCUGACACGGGCAAGAAGAAAGUAGCGGCCGACAUUCAGGGGGGUCGGAGGUCCGCUCAGGGCCAUGAGCUCUUGCGGGAUUUCGAGGUGACGCUGCUGCAGAUGUUCGGCCUCGGCAAGCGGCCGCAGCCCAGUAAGGAUGUGGUGGUGCCCGCGUAUAUGCGCGACCUGUACAGGCUUCAGUCGGCGGAGGAAGAGGAUGAGCUGCACGAUAUCAGCAUGGAGUAUCCUGAGAGACCGACCAGCCGCGCCAACACUGUGAGGAGCUUCCAUCACGAGGAGCAUUUGGAGAAUCUACCAAGCACAGCAGAAAAUGGAAAUUUCCGUUUUGUGUUCAACCUCAGCAGCAUUCCAGAGAAUGAGGUGAUUUCUUCAGCAGAACUGAGACUCUAUAGAGAACAAAUAGACCAUGGUCCAGCGUGGGAUGAGGGUUUCCACCGGAUAAAUAUAUAUGAAGUUAUGAAACCCAUAGCUGCAAAUGGACUCAUGAUAAAUAGGCUGCUGGACACGAGACUAAUCCACCACAAUGUGACACAGUGGGAAAGUUUUGAUGUAAGCCCUGCAAUUAUGAGGUGGACCCGGGAUAAACAGAUAAACCAUGGGCUUGCCAUUGAGGUCAUUCACCUCAACCAAACCAAAACUCAUCAGGGGAAGCAUGUAAGGAUAAGUCGAUCAUUAUUACCUCAAGAGGAUGCAGACUGGUCGCAGAUGAGACCACUUUUAAUUACAUUCAGCCAUGAUGGCAGGGGACAUGCACUGACCAGGAGGUCAAAAAGAAGUCCAAAACAGCAGAGACCCCGUAAAAAAAACAAACAUUGCCGGAGGCAUUCUCUUUAUGUGGAUUUCAGCGAUGUGGGCUGGAAUGACUGGAUUGUGGCACCUCCUGGAUACCAGGCCUUUUACUGCCAUGGAGAUUGUCCAUUUCCCUUGGCUGAUCACCUAAACUCAACUAACCAUGCUAUUGUACAAACUCUGGUAAACUCUGUUAACGCAAGCAUCCCAAAAGCGUGUUGCGUCCCCACAGAACUGAGUGCUAUCUCCAUGCUUUAUUUGGACGAAUAUGACAAAGUCGUCCUUAAAAACUACCAGGAGAUGGUGGUGGAAGGGUGUGGGUGCCGUUGAGUCUGAGAUCCAAACAAUAAACUGUUAAGGGCUGGACUUCUUUCCACUGAACAUUCACCUUGACCUUAUUUAUGACUUUUAUGUGCAAAAGUUUUGACAAUAUGAUCAUAUAUUUUGACAAAAUAUAUUUAUAACUACGUAUUAAAAGAAAAAAAAAUAAAAUAAGUCAUUAUUUUAAACAUAAGCUACUUCUUUGUACAAUGUGUUUAUAAAUGUACAUUAGGAUGAAUAUGGAUUUAUAUGGGAAUAGAGUAUUUUUUCUAUAAAUUACCUUGUGUUAAUAUUUAUUGGCAAUAUGGCUUAAACCCCCGGUCCCCUUGUAAAUGAAUGUAAAUUAAUCUGAGGCAUAUUGCUGUCUGCAUGUCACAGUUGGAUUUAAAUUCCCAGCUUCUGGGAAUAGAACUACUUGACUUGCUAACCUGUGUGUAUGUGUUUUUUUCUAAUUCAUUUGCAUGGAGACUCUGAAACACCUAUGUUGUUAUGCUAAAGUCUAUCAUACCUCCCACCCUCCUGUUGUAUAGUUUAAGUUCAAAGCUAUGCAUAGUUUUUUGUUUUUUUUUUUAAACCGAGGUUAGCAAAAGGGCUGUUAAGUAGAGAAGUACUUUGGAAAAUUAUUUUUCUUUAAACAUCAAAGGUUACAGGAUUCUUUUGAAGGUUUAAGCACAUUAAAAAUGAACACAGACUUGACAAGUGAUAUGUUUAAAGUUGACAGAUGUUUUUAUUUGUAUUUUUUUUUUACCAUAAAGAAAAAAAAUAUCUAGAAAUUUCAAAUAAAUCUGAACUUAUUUUCCAUAGUAAGAUGUUCGUUUUUUGGGGGCUUGGAAGUCAUCCGAAAAAAAAAAAUUCUGUCCCUAAGCUCUUGUGUAUAAAGCCCUACUGUAUAAGCACAGGGGAAAAGAUUUUGACAUUUGUUUGUUAAUUAUUAAACUUCUCUAAACCAUAGAAACUAAAAAAAGGGUACAGCUUAGAUGAAACCAAUAAAAAUUGCUAAGUGGAAAGUUUGCCAAAGCCUCAGCUUCCUGGAGAGUGCAGGUGGAGCGACCAGAUUAGAGCCUCAGGCUAAGGCAACAAGACUGCCUGCUGCUUUUAUGUUGUAACUCUUCAGAAAGGACCCUUUUAACUGUAUUGAACUUAAAUAAAUUGUUUUAAAAGAGA